AUGGAGCAAGAGAUGGUGGUGGAUAUAGAGUCUCAAACUAAUAGAAGGCCCGACAGUGAAACCCCCGGUAUGUUCAAGAAAGCCAUUCAACCAGUCACAGUGAAGUUUGAAGACGUGGUUUACAAGAUCAAAGCCAAAAAGAACACCAAGUCCGAAGAGAAAGUGAUCUUAAACAGCGUCAACGGCCUAGUUAAACCCAGCGAAAUCCUAGCCAUGCUCGGCCCCUCUGGAAGUGGCAAAACAACCCUCCUAACCGCACUCGGAGGUAGACUUGGCGGCCAGCUUGGUGGUUCCAUAACCUACAACAACAAACCCUUCACAAACACAAUGAAAAGAAACACUGGCUUUGUAACCCAAGACGAUUUUCUCUACCCGCAUUUAACCGUGACCGAAACCCUAGUCUUCACGGCACUUCUUCGCUUGCCCAACACGCUAUCCAAGCGAGACAAGGUCACGCAAGCCUAUGCGGUGAUUACACAGCUCGAAUUAACCAAAUGCAAGAACAGCGCCGUUGGUGAUCAGUUCAUGAGGGGUAUUUCGGGCGGGGAGAGAAGAAGGGUUAGCAUAGGGCAAGAAUUACUCGUAAAUCCUAGCUUGCUCUUCUUGGAUGAACCCACGUCGGGGCUUGAUUCGACAACAGCGCAGCGAAUUGUAUCGGCACUAUGGGAUUUGGCAAGUGGUGGGAGGACGAUCGUGAUGACUAUACAUCAGCCUUCAAGUAGGCUGUUCUACAUGUUUCAUAAGGUGAUGCUGUUAUCGGAAGGGAACUGUUUGUAUUUUGGGAAGGCAGGGGAGGUUAUGGACUAUUUUUCGGGCAUUGGGUACGCUCCCGUGAUCGCUAUGAAUCCUGCGGAUUUUCUAUUGGACCUUGCUAAUGGUCUGGCACCUGAUGGAUCAUAUGAAAAUAAGAGCAAGGUGAAGCGGAGUCUGGCCUUGGCCUACAAAAGCAAUCUUUUAGAUAGAUUGAAAACUGAACUUCAAGAAACCAAUAACUGCAGUCAAUUUCAAGAGGGAUCUGCAGAAGACAAGAAGUUUGGAAAAUGGUCCACAACUUGGUGGCAGCAAUGCUCUGUGUUGCUGAGGAGAGGAAUGAAAGAGAGGAGGCAUGAGGCCUUUUCUCGUCUCAAGAUUGGUCAGGUGUUGGCUGUGGCUCUUCUUGUUGGCCUACUAUGGUGGCAAUCUGAUAUUGCACACCUGGAGGAUCAGAUUGGGCUUCUCUUCUUUAUGACUGGAUUUUGGGGUUUCUUCCCACUGUUCCAAGCGCUCUUCACCUUUCCACCGGAGCGCAAGAUGCUAGAAAAAGAAAGAGCUUCAGGUACAUACAGACUCUCCUCCUAUUUCGUGUCAAGGAUUGUUGCUGACCUCCCAAUGGAACUUGCUCUUCCAACCCUAUUUGUCACCGUAGCAUACUGGAUGGCAGGCCUCAAACCAUCGGCCGGAAACUUUUUCCACACCUUGUUCGCUCUGCUCCUCAGUGUUUUAGUAGCUCAAGGCAUGGGGCUUGCUAUUGGGGCUUUGGUUAUGGAUCAGAAAAAGGCAACGGUUCUCGCAUCAAUCAUCAUGUUGUCAUUCAGUCUAGCUGGUGGCUACUAUGUUCAACAUGCUCCUGUUUUUAUUUCUUGGAUCAAAUAUAUAUCACUAAGCAACUACACCUACAGGCUCUUGCUGAGUUCUCAGUACAAGAAAAGUGAUACCUACCCAUGUGAUGGUAGGGUUUGCUCAGUUGGAGAUUUCCCAACUAUAAAAUCUUCUGGUCUCAAUGGACAAUCGAGUGCUGUGGUUGCUUUGGUCAUUAUGCUUGUGGGUUACAGGUUCAUCGGUUAUUUAGCCCUCAUGAGGAUUGGUGUUACAAAGAAGUACCCUUAGACUCUUAGUUAAUAAGAGGAUUAAAUAUUACAAGCUAGUUAAUUUGGUUUGUGGGUAAGACACAAGAGGUUUACAAAUGAUUAGAACUUCUAGAUUAUAUAUCCAGUUCGAUCGUUUGGAUAAUGUUUGCUUCCGAAGUUAAUGUCCUGUUUGGUUUGAUUGUAUCCUAAAUAGGGAGACACAUGUGAGAUAUAAAUUUUCUAUAAGAGUAUUUAAUUAGCAGGGGUAGAGAACAUGUAAAAUUUGGUGGGCUACUCUGACAUUACAUCUAUGAAUAAAAUUGUGACGACUAGUACUUUCAGAACA